AGGGGCGGCGCCUUGCCGUGCCGGUGCGGUGCGCGAUUAGUGCGCGGCAGCCAGCGGAGCCCGCCAGGGCAGCGGGCGGCCUCGCAGCGCUGCUCGCGGCUGGGCGGGGAGCGCUGCGGUGCCGCACUCCAAGGGCCAAGUACCGGGCGAUGUAGGAUGCGGGUCCCGGCGAGAGCAUGAAUGGUGCAGCGAGAGAGGCGGGCGGUGAGCUCCCCCCGCGGCGGCGGGGCGGCGCGGGGCGCUGACACGUGCGGCGGCGCGGCGCAGCGGGGCGCCCCCGGCUCCGCGGGACGCGGGGCGGUGCAUGGGGAAGGAGCCCGGCGCGGCGAGGCACGGCGCCUGCCGCUUCUCCUUGCGGAGCGCUGCCAGCUCUUCCUGGAAGUCCUGAGUCGCUCACGGCGCAGUGAGUUCAUGCACCUCCUCGCCAAGCCUGAGCCUGCGGGAUCUGGGGAGGCUGCCGCCAGCACACCGCCCGGUCCGUCGCGCCCGCUCGCCGCCGCCCGGGGGUCUCUCCCGGGGGCCUCCGUCGCCGCCCCCUCGCACAUGAAGAUGUACGUGCAAAGGGCUCUGGUGCUGCUCUCCCUGCUGAGCUUUGCCACCGUGAGCCUCUCGCUGUCCUCCUGCACCACCUUGGACCUGGACCACAUCAAGAAAAAGAGGGUGGAAGCCAUCCGGGGGCAGAUCCUGAGCAAGCUGCGGCUCACCAGUCCCCCGGAGACCGUGGGGCCGGCCCAUGUGCCCUACCAGAUCCUGGCCCUCUAUAACAGCACCCGGGAGCUGCUGGAGGAGAUGGAGGAGGAGAAGGAGGAGAGCUGCUCUCAGGACAACACCGAGUCCGAAUACUAUGCCAAAGAGAUCCAUAAAUUUGACAUGAUCCAGGGCCUCCCCGAGCACAAUGAGUUGGGCAUUUGUCCAAAAGGUGUCACCUCCAAUGUGUUCCGCUUUAAUGUGUCCUCAGCAGAGAAGAACAGCACCAACUUGUUCCGGGCUGAGUUUCGGGUGCUGCGUGUGCCCAACCCAAGUUCCAAACGCAGUGAGCAGCGCAUUGAGCUCUUCCAGAUCCUGCGGCCGGAUGAGCACAUAGCAAAGCAGCGGUACCUCAGUGGCAGGAAUGUGCAGACGCGGGGCUCCCCUGAGUGGCUGUCCUUCGAUGUCACCGAGACUGUGCGUGAGUGGCUUCUGCACAGAGAGUCCAACCUUGGCCUGGAAAUCAGCAUACACUGUCCUUGCCAUACUUUCCAGCCGAACGGGGACAUCUUGGAGAAUUUGCACGAGGUCUUGGAGAUCAAGUUCAAAGGCAUUGACAGCGAGGAUGACUAUGGCCGUGGGGACCUGGGGCGCCUGAAGAAGCAGAAAGACCUGCAUAAUCCCCACCUUAUCUUGAUGAUGUUACCCCCACAUCGGCUGGAGAGUCCAACGUUGGGAGGCCAGAGAAAGAAACGGGCCCUGGAUACCAACUACUGUUUCCGGAACCUGGAGGAGAACUGCUGCGUGCGUCCUCUCUACAUCGACUUCCGGCAGGACCUUGGCUGGAAAUGGGUCCAUGAGCCUAAGGGCUACUUUGCCAACUUCUGUUCGGGUCCUUGCCCGUAUCUGCGCAGCGCAGACACCACUCACAGCACGGUGCUGGGCUUAUACAACACGCUGAACCCUGAGGCGUCGGCUUCGCCCUGCUGCGUCCCCCAGGACCUGGAGCCACUCACUAUCUUGUACUAUGUUGGGAGGACCCCCAAAGUGGAGCAGCUCUCCAACAUGGUGGUGAAAUCCUGCAAGUGCAGCUGAAAGGCACCUUGACCCACCCAAAGCCAAGAGAGAAACUGUCAGCACUCACUCUCCUGCUCCCAGGCUAACACAAAAGCAACUAGGGGUCAGAGACUACAUAUGGUGAGCGCCAAGUGCCAAACCCUGUGGCUUAGGGUCUGACAGGCCUUGGGGAUCUCUUCUGGAACAUUUCUUGGUCUUGUUGGCAUUGUCACGUUCAUUCUGGGAGUUACUUUGGUUACACGAAGGCCACGCUUUCCAAAAUGGCUGGACAGUUGGUGCAGAAGAGAAGGAUAGAGUGGAGGAACUGCUGUGUAUCUGAAUGCUGGAUUGUUGAUCUGGGAGAGUGAGAGAAUGAGAAAGAGCAGGUCAAAGGGGGAAUGGAAAUGGGGAGAUGUUUUCUAUUCUAGCUUUACCUAUCUUAGGACUUCAGCCCUCCCCACUGGCCUGAAGAAUUAAAGGUUUCCCCUGUAGGAGGAAACCCUGAAGGUCUCUUUAGAGAAAGAAAAUGCACCCAGAAGGGAAGCUGCUGAGAGAAGAAAUGCUCAGAGAUACACUUAACACUUUUGCUCUUCAGAGCUGUGAUCCAGGAGGCCUGCAACGGAAACUCUGUGUCUGCCGAAUCUGUAAGUUCAGCUGGUUUGUAGAUGCAAACUGAAUGGUUCUCAGCCAACCUGCCGAGGGUGAGCACAUACAAAGAAAGAGGGUACCGAGUCCAUUUUCAGAGGGACUGAUGCCACCAUUCACUCUUUUCCUGGAGUUUCUGGGUCAGGGCAGGGGCAAUAUCUGUGGGCACCUGAAUAUUGGGCCCAUUCGUUUGUGAGACGAUGCAGCCCAAGGACCUCUUCUCGUCUGUCAUGGUUUGUGAGGUACUUUGGAGUGUUUUCUACCUGCUCUGCACAGUGACCUGAACGUGGCCCAGGCCUCGCCUGCUAUGACUUAAAAAAUAGUAAUCUCAAAAACAUUGUAAAAAAAUAAAUAUUUGAGAGGA